GGGCAAACACGUGUGUGGUUAGCCUUGGAAGCCCAGAGUGGAGCUGAGUACGCCACAUCAAACCCACAUCCCGCGCGUGGGAAAAUAUUGCCAUGGGGCCCAAUGGAUAUUGGAUCAAAUGCGUAUUCUCUGCGGGAUUCCUGCUGAUCUGCAUCAUUGUUGCACCGGCUAAUGCAGCUCCUAGCCUUGACACAACAUUUCAAACUUCAUCUACAGAAGAAGAGAGCUUGACCCCACUUCACGCCACACCUCCGCUUUUCAACACUAUGGUUCCUCACCUUGGCACAACAUUUCAAACUUCACCUCCAGAACAAGAGAGCUUGACCCCACCUCAAUCCAUACCUCCGCUUUUCAACACUAUGGAUGUUGCACCGAACGUACAACAAACUCCAACAAUAAUUGUGCCUCCCCGUCCGUCUCCCGGCAAGACUCCAAAAGGCUCAUGCUCCACUCCACCCGACCUGCCUCACUCGGACGUCGUGAGUGGGUGGAGCGAGGACAUCUACAGGGAGGGGCAUUUGGUCACAUACGCCUGCCAGAGUGGCUUCACUGACAUUCAGGCGCGCCGCUUCUCCAUUGUGUGCGAAAGUGAUAACGACUCUCCGGGCAAACUGCGCUGGAGCAGCCCGUACUUCCUGUGUCAAAUCACUUGUGGGCGUCCGGAGAACCCUGCCAACGGGUUUGUGGAGGGACAAUUUUACACCUUUGGGUCCACAGUCACAUUCAAGUGUCGGAGAGGAUACUUCGUGUUUGGAGCGAACAAUUCCACAUGUCAAGAUGACGGAAAUUGGGAUAACUUAGUUCCGGAGUGCCGAGAGGUGCAGUGUGAGAGGCCCCCAUGGGUCGAGCACGGAGAGGCGGUGUUCAACAUCGAUGACAACAAAACUAUUACAUAUAACUGUCAGCCAGGCUUCAUUCUGGACGGCAAUUCUACCUUCCAGUGUCUCGAUAAUGGCACAUGGGGCCCGAAAAAUCUUCCUUACUGCAGACCCCUUCACAUGUGCAAGCAUCCGCCCCCCAUUGCCAACGCCAUGCAGUUGUGGAGCACUCAGCAGAGCUACGAGCUGGGCACGAACGUGCGCUACCGCUGCAACCCGGGCUACACAGUGUCGCGCGACUCGUCCUACUUCAUCGUGUGCGUCAACAUCGACGGUCUGGCCAAGUGGACCCCGCAGAAGCUCAAGUGCCAGCCGAAACAGUGCAGCUUCCCAGGAGAAAUUGAAAAUGGGUAUUUUAAUGGAACGGAUUUCAUGUAUGGAGCAUAUAUCGUAUAUCACUGUAACCACGGAUAUAUUAUGGGAGAAAGGCAAAUGACAAGAGAGUGCAUGGCUGAUGGAAAUUGGUUACCAAACUCUCCUGUGUGUGAACCCGUGCAGUGCCCAGAGCCUCUUGAAAUCCGUCACGGGACCAUCAGCGUUCCCAGCAGCCUGAUAUUCGACAGCGUCAUCCGGUAUCGCUGCAACGGCAAAAUGCAGCUGAUGGGUCCCAGCCUGCGCACAUGCCAAGCGGACAGCACGUGGAGUGACCGCGAGCCCAUAUGCAUGGCUGUUCUCUGCCCACCUCUUAAGAAUAUCGAGAAUGGAAAGUGGCUGGGCGGGGAAGGCACCGACAGUGUUGUGAGGUUUAGCUGCAACGAAGGUUUUUUGCUGGCUGGGCAGGAUACAAUCACUUGCCUUCCGAAUGGGCAGUGGUCAGGAUAUCCACCCACUUGUCAGCCUGUGUGCCCUCCACCGACCCUGGACCGAUAUGCCGCCAUACCUCAGAUCAUCAGAGACAAGCAGUACUUCACAGUUGGAGAGAGAGUGGAGUUUCACUGCGGCGGAGGCUAUCGCGAUUGGUCCUACACCCUCGUGUGCAACAAGUGGCAUAGGUGGCAGCAGGUGGAAAAGCACUUCUUACAUCCCUCGGGAUGGAAAUGCGUGGCAUUCUGUUACAGGCCAAAGCCAAACUUAAAUGCAGUUAUUGCAAGGAGCUACGAACACAUAGACUUUUACCCCGUCGGUAAGUAUGCUUAUUUUGAUUGCAAGCUUGGAUAUACUUCCGAAGCCUAUGGAUACUACAUGGAAUGUGCAGUCGACAAAGGAGGUGAAACUUACUGGAAGCCCUACAAAAAAGCACGCUGUAUUGCUGGCAGAAGAUGGUACUGAAAAGGUGCUCGCAAGUGUCCGCCGAUCAGAGCUCUGCGAUGGGGACUUUGAUCGCAUACGAUGUUCAUCUCUGGUCACAAUGUUUUUUUUUUAAUGACAUUGUAUUGCGUGGCGUCAUUUACUGAUCAUUUCUGUAUUGGAAUAAAAUCAAAUAAAAUCUGCAUGUCAACCA